AUGAAACUGAACACUGAAGAGGAUAACCUAUCAAGUAUGGAGGGAACUUCACAACUAAUAAACAAGAAUCUCGACAAAUAUUUGGAAAAGAACAAAAUUUCGCACAAAACCUCGAAAAAUAGGAUUGGGAGUGAAAAUGGUGACGUUACUAAUUCAACAGAAGAUAACCACCCUCUAAUGGAUGAAGGAACAGCAUCAAUGCUUUGCACGGGUAUCCCUAAAGAAGGGGGUUCGUGCUCAAAUGAAGAAGAGGAUUCUGGCUCAGGCGUAGAAGAGAAUUCAGAUGAAGCUGAAGAAGAGUCUACAAAGGCCUACGGUGAGUUAGUUGCAGUCUUACAAAACUAUAACAUAUCACUAAGCGUAUUAGAUGAGCCUCAGACGAAAAGUUGGCUUGAAAAAUACACUGGCGUCUACAGAAGUUCUUGGCAUAGUUAA